UUCAAGAGAACAUUAUUAUUAUGGUUGAGAGAUCGACGGCAGUGGGAAUCAGACCAAGAAACGGAUCGAAAUCCACGGUAGAUUUACCGUCAAUAGACCAUCUGCAGUUAUUGUAACGAUCGAUUAUUUUAUUGUGACUGUUUUGACCGAGAAGCCAACACAAUUCCUACAUCAUCCGAUACUGCUUUGCAAAGACAGUGACAGCUGUGGUCUUUUUGCAUGCAGCAAUAGGUUCCAUCGCCGCUAGGACGAGCCUGCAUCGACUGAGACAUUGUGAUAGGCUGGCUAUAGGAGAAGGAACCGGCUGCAUGCACCUCCGCCUCCCUCCUCCAACGUCAGCAGCGAGGACGGUACUGUUCAGUGCCUGUAUCACCCGUUAACGGGAUGACGAAGUGAACCAAGCCUCCUCACGCACCGAACGCUGGAUUCCGCAUGAGGACUGAAUGAGUGGAAAGAGAGGGAGACAAGAGGUGAUGGCGAUGCUGAUCUAGUGAGGAGAAGGGAAAGCCUAUUCAUUUCCCGAUUGAUUUAUCAGGACCUUAACAGCCGACACGGGGUCUCUACCAAGGUUUCAACAACCAAUUAAUCCCCUCGCACGACGGACGACAUUUGCCAUUCCGAGGCGAUGGGAACCGCGCGUAGAUGCCGGACUGCGGUUUAAACGUGCACGUGUCUCUGUGAAAGCGCGGCUGUGAUGGAGCACGACGAAAGUAGCGACGCGGAGGUUGCUGCCGAGCCCCUGCUGCACGGUAUUCACGCGCCCAAUCGGAUCAGGCCCUCGUCGUACCGGGCACUGCGGAGUGCCGUUUCCAGCCUGGCGCGCAUCGAUGACUUCGUAUGUGAGAAGAUCGGGUCAGGGUUCUUUUCAGAGGUCUUCAAGGUGCAGCACAGGAUCACAGGCCAGGUGAUGGCCCUAAAGAUGAACACUCUGGCCAGCAACAAGGCCAACAUGCUCAGGGAGGUCCAGCUCAUGAACCGGCUCUGCCACCCCAAUAUACUCGGGUUCCUGGGAGUGUGUGUACAGGAGGGCCAGCUCCAUGCUCUAACUGAGUACAUCAACGGGGGUAACCUGGAGCAGCUGCUGGACAGUGACAGGUAUCUGUCGUGGUCGGUGAGGAUGGGUCUGUCUCAGGACAUCGCCUGUGGCCUGCAGUACCUCCACAGCAAGGGCAUCUUCCACAGAGACCUCACCUCCAAGAACUGUCUGGUACGCUGUGAGAAUGGUGUAUUCACUGCAGUAGUGGGAGACUUUGGUCUGGCAGAGAAGAUUCCAGACUACAGUGACGGGGUUGAUCAGCAGCCUCUGGCCGUGGUGGGCUCCCCCUACUGGAUGGCCCCGGAGGUGCUGAGAGGAGAGCUCUAUGAUGAAAAGGUGGAUGUGUUUGCCUAUGGAAUCAUCCUGUGUGAGAUCAUCGCCCGGAUAGAGGCUGAUCCGGACUUCCUACCUCGCACUGAGGACUUUGGACUAGAUGUGGAUGCCUUUGAGAGCCUGGUUGGUGACUGUCCAACACCAUUCCUCAACCUUGCAGUCCUCUGCUGCAAUAUGAAUGCAAAGACACGUCCCUCGUUCUCUGAGAUAGUGGUCUUGCUGGAGGGGAUGGAGAGAGGAGAGGAGGAGAGGAAGACGGCCAUCCCUCUGGGCGAUUGUCUCUCCUCAAAACCCCCCACUGGCCACAUCAGCCCCUACCGACGACGGAGUUCCCUCUGUCGCCCCGGCGACCAGCAGUUGUCACGGAGCCAGUCUGAAAUGCUUCCACCAACGACGCCCCCACUCGGCACCCUGGCCCGGGUCAACCCCUUCUCCCUGCGGCAGGACCUGAACGGGGGCCGCAUCAAGCUCUACGACACCCCCAGCAAGUCUGUCAUCUCCCUGACCUUCACCCUUCCCCAGCAGCCUGACACCUGCGCCUCUCCCCCCCUCAGGGGAAACCUCUUACUCCGCGGGCCCCCCCGACGCUGCCAGUCUCUCCCCUGCACCCCCGAGCCGGGGCGAACCCUCUCCCUCCUCCGUGACCCCGACCUGCAGCGCUUGGGGAAAGAGGAGGGGGAGGAUGAAAGGAGGAAGGAGAAGGGAGGUAUGGUGGAGGAUGAAAGGAGGAAGGAGAAGGGAGGGAUGGUGGAGGACGUGUCAGAUGAUUCUGGGCUGCCUCUGGACCUGGUGUCUCUGGGUCCUCUGGAAGAGGAAGAGGAGGAAGGUUUUUCUCUGGGGGAGCCUAUGGACUGCAGCAGGUCUCCUGACACACUAGAGGGCGCUGUCCCUACACCAGGGAGACAUCUACUACACCCAGCCUCGUCCUCUUCCUCCCUGUUUCUGCAGCCGAACGGCUGGCGUCACCCAGUCUCCAAUGCCCCUUCCUCCCUCCCUCCUCUCCCUCAUCUGGACAACAACAACAUCUCGGCGAUGGUGGUCGUCGGCCGUCCGAUUGGCUGGAGGGCUAGCGGCUACCGCACCGCAAUCCCGGGCCCCCCUGCUGGCCCCGCCCCUGAACAAGAUGAGGUAAUUUCCUGUCCGGGCUGCUGUCUGAUUGGUCUGAGCUUUCCAUCCGUGUGCCUGAAGGGGGUGCCGACCCCUCGCCGCGUUCCGCCCCGACGACCCUACCGGAACCUCAACGGGGGGGGCAUCAGUGACCCUUCAGCUGCCACGGCAACCAAGGGACUGCUUUGUUGCGGGGCGAAUGGUCUCGCUCCUCCGACUGCACCUUGUGUGCCUGGGCUACCCCUACCAGAGGCACAGACUUAGGAAGGGCUCCCCCUAGUGGGCUGACUGGCCAACAACAACAUUAACACCAGUGACAUUACUGAGACUUUGACUGGUUUUGUGUAUUGUCGCUAUUACUAUUUAUUAUUACUAUUAGGAACUUAUGAUGUUGAUUACUACUACUACCUGAAGUGUGUGUGUGUGUGUGUGUGUGUGUGUGUGUGUGUGUGUGUGUGUGUGUGUGUGUGUGUGUGUGUGUGUGUGUGUGUGUGUGUGUGUGUGUGUGUGUGUGUGUGUGUGUGUGUGUGUGUGUGUGUGUGAGGAGUUGGGGACACUGGUGGUUGUAUUGGGAGUAACAAGGGAGAAGCACAAUAGGAAACCAGAAGUGGGUUAUUGAUGUGAGAUCUUAUAUAUUGGUUGUUGACCUGGUGGCAUUUGAAAAUGUCAUUGUGUCGCUGGUUUGUUCACUCACUUUCUGCACUCUGAAUCUUUCUAUUUGAUUCCUACUAAUGAUUUUUCACUGGUCUGGGUGGUGCUUGAGAUUUGUAUUGAAUUCAAACAAGUGCUUCUUCUUCCCAUAACCCACUAUGAUCCAGGUAUCCUCUCAGUGUGUGUGUGAAUUUUUAACAGCUUGUGUAUCUUUGAAACAGCAGGAAAAGCAAUUCUCCUUAUUCUCCUAGCUUAUUUACAUAUUGUACUGAUUAUUUCACUCUAAGUUCUGUCUGUGUGUGUCAGAGGGAGAGAAAGUGUGUGUGUGUAUGACUGAAUGACUAAGGUUUGUCCCUUGAUGUCUGUUUUGAAAUGUCAGUGGUUUGCAGGUCAUUUCCCCGUACCCGUGUGUGAGAUUAGAGAACUGUGUAAUCAUUUAAUAUAAAGUUAGUGAGUUGAACAUAAUCUUUACUAUAAUGUUUUUUGACACCAUUGAUGAGAAUCACUCCACUCUUCAUUUCAUAGGGCUACUGGUUCCGUACCUGUUGAGGUUGACUCCCUGUAUAUGAAAUGGCACCCUAUUCCCUAUAUAGUGCACUACUUUUGACCAGGGCCCACGGGGCUUUGGUCAAAAUAGGAUGCCAUUUUGUCUGUUGUCCCCAGAGCUUAAGGUGUGUUUGUCUCCCUCUGCUGGCCUGGAGGACCCGGGCAUACCAGGCCAUUGUGGCUCACAGGCUUUGUCUCUUCCUUUCGUCAUAACCCUUUCCUUCUACGAGAAGCUAUACAUGACCAGACCAGGGAAAACUCCAGGCUUCAGUUAUAGACCUGGAGGUUUUCCUAGACGGGUAACUUUGUCAGGAAAAAGUCCCAGCCAUAUAUCAUAUCAACUGAUAUGAGGGGACUGAAAAAGGUUUAUGGCUAUGCUAUUAACAUUUCUAACCAGUUCUAACCACUUAAUCUAGCUAGUGAUCUGUAGGAAAGGAGGAGGAGGAAACAUAAACAAGUGUAUUGGGACGUAGCCAGUCACACUCAACUGUACUGGCCAGAGAGUCUCUUUGUUACUGCACGGUUUAAACAGCAUGAUUUACAGAGUCUGGACAACUGUGUGCAUCCAUCCAAAUAAUUCCACUGUUCUGUCCCAUAUUGAUGAUGUCAUAAUGACAAUGGUACAAACACCGACCCAUAUGUCCAUGGAACAACCGAGGGAGUGUAAUGCACUUUCUUUUUUAAAGCUGAGAAUCUUGUUGAUUUAACAUUAUUUAUGAAAUCAUGUAUGUAGCUAACUAGUAAACCCUUCUGCUGGCUGGGAUGUUGGUUGGUCUGUUGCUAGUUGGAAUAAUAAAUUAUUAUUAUGGAAAUCUGUGUCUGUUCCUUUCCGGGAACAACCCUUCCCCUUUAGACACUUGUAGAGAUCUGAGAGGACUUGAUAGGAUGCAUCAAUAUAGUCAUAGCUCCACCUUGUCCUCUGAUGGAAUUUCACCAUAUUGCUUAAGCCUGUCCAACCCUCUCAGAUCUCCACCAGUUCCUAUAGGAAGGGGUUGUUUCUGGACAGGGGCUCUGUUUCUACUAGAACCCAUCCUCUACAUGCAAGACACUGAUCAGACCCCUUGAUUUUUUCCCCCGUAUGUUAUUACGUUGCAGCCUAUGUCUAAAAUGGAUGAAAUGGUUUUUUUCCGCAUUAAUUGACUGUACACACAACACUCCAUUAUGACAAAGCAAAAACAGGUUUUUUGACAUUUUUGCAAAUGUAUUAAAAAUAAACUGAUGUCA